AUGCAGGUCGUGGCUAUCAUGCGUUCGCUCAAGUGUGAGCUCCAGCCAACGCAGCAGUCCCAAGACGGCGGUAUUGAUCACCGGGGAUUGUGGACACUACCAGACAUGGAAGUGGAUGUAGUAACACAGUGCAAGAACGAAAGCAACCGCGUGGGUGUCAAAUACAUUCGGGAGUUCCACGGAGUGCUACAAAGCGCUUUCCCACCGACAACCGUGGGACUCUUUGCCUCGGCGUCAGGCUUCAGUCUGUACGCUCAGCGAUUUCUACUCCGGAUGACCCAUCCCGCAAUACUAUGUACUGUCGACACGGACCUCGAUCGUCUCACGUCUUUCCAACUGAACGAUCGGGCCCAGACGUUGCUACCAAAGCUCACGGUCGGUUCAUUGUUCGUGCGUCAGGAACAUGCUCUCGUGCUCACGUACGGCAACGUAAUCCUCGGGUGA